GAUGUAAAAUGAAUAUGGGAUGUCCAAAAAUAACUUUCUUCAGCUUAUAUAUUCUCAUCUCUAUGCUCACUUCUUCACUACAUAAUUCUUCAUUAUGGAUUUGUACAAGCCAACACACAUUGUCUUGCUUUCAAGCCCAGGUCUAGGCCAUCUCAUGCCUAUCAUCGAGCUAGCUAAACGCUUCCAAAUCCACCACAAUUUCAAACUCACAAUCCUCGCCAUCACUUCUCAAACCUCACACACUGAAUCUCAUAUUCUCAAAUCAGCCACCAACCCCUCACUCUACAACAUCAUCCAAAUCCCAUCACCAAACAUUUCCUCCCUCCUCCCCGUCUCCGCCACCGUCUGCACCCGCAUCUUUCUAACAAUGCGCCAUUCCAUACCUUCCAUCAAAUCUGCACUCACAAACUUAACCCUCCCUCCUUCUGCUCUCAUCGUCGACAUAUUCGGAACAGAAGCCCUACCUUUAGCCCUAGAACUCAACAUUCCGAGAUUCAUUUACGUAGCUUCACAUGCUUGGUUUCUUUCCCUGUACGUGUAUUCUCCUGUUUUGGACAAACAAAUCCAAGGACCAUACAUUGAGCAGAAAGAACCUUUGAAAAUCCCGGGUUGUAAAUCAGUUCAACCAAAUGACUUGGUUGAUCCAAUGCUGGACCGGUACAACUUGGAGUAUAAAGAGUACUUAACCGUAGCGAAAAACUUCUCCAAAAGCGAUGCCAUCUUAGUUAACACGUGGGAUGAACUUCAACAUAGAGAGCUUAAAGCACUGAAUGAUGGAGAUGGAGAACUAUCAAGUUUAUUGAAAGUUCCUGUGUUUGCAGUUGGACCCCUGGUGAGACAAGCUGAGUCAGAAAUAGGUCAAGCUUCUGAGUCUGUAAUUCAAUGGCUUGAUAAACAACCAAAGGAAUCAGUGGUUUAUGUUUCGUUUGGGAGCGGUGGAACUUUGUCAAAUGAGCAAAUGAAUGAAUUAGCUUUUGGUUUAGAAUUAAGUGAACAAAGAUUUGUUUGGGUGGUACGUGCGUGUGCGUCCACAACAGAAGCUGUGGACGCAGCUUUUUUCACCACUGGAUCCGGUGGUGACGGGUUUGGCGAUGAACUUGAUGAUCAAAUAGGUAAGCACUUACCUGAGGGGUUUGUAGAGAGAAUUAAGAAUAAGAAUGUGGGUUUGUUUCUUCAUGAAUGGGCACCACAAGUCACUAUUUUGAAACAUCCUUCCAUUGGUGGUUUUGUUUCACACUGUGGGUGGGGUUCAGUGCUUGAGAGUUUAACCAACGGUGUGCCUAUUAUUGCUUGGCCGCUUUACGCGGAGCAGAGGAUGAAUGCGGCGUUGUUGGUGGAGGAGCUUGGUGUUGCGGUGAGGACUGUGGUGUCGCCGGGGAAGAAUGUGGUGGAGAGGGAAGAGAUAGCAAGUUUGGUGAGAAAGGUAAUUUUGGUGGACCAAAAUGGGAAGAGAAACCACGUGAGGGAAAGAGUGAAAGAGGUUAGGGUUAGUGCAGAGAAAGCUUUGUUACAGGGUGGUUCGUCUUAUAACGCAUUGUCUCAUGUGGCCAAAAUAAUAAACAAACAAGAUUUUGUUUGUGUUUCAAAAAACAUGGAUACUGAUGGGGAUGAUAUAAAAGACAGAAAAAAUCAGUGAUGUCAUGGGUCUAAUAAUAAGAAAAAAUAACAAAUAUAAGAACGAGUGUAAUAAGUAUAUUAUGGGUCCAUAUAUCACUCCGUAUGUGUGGUGGAGAAGUUAGAUGUGGUUAAACACUUGAAUGUUAAAUCUAUUUACGAGUUUGCAUCUAGCUACAAUGGUUGCGUGGUAAAUGGUAGUCUCUCUCAUAAUUUUGCCACAGCUAAUAUAUAUGGCUAAGGGCCUCUUUUUUUGGUAGUGUUGUUGGAAAGAUCUAUAGUUGAAUGAUUGAUUAAUAAUGAAUAAUUGAACUCAAUUGUCACUCUACUUUUAUUAUCA